AUGCCAGCAACCGAUUUUCCUUCUGUUCAUCCACAUGUAAUCAAGGAUGAGGAUGCCUUCAAAUUAAAGGUCAAAAUGUUGGAAGCACUUCAAGAUAAUGAAAUAGCUUCAGGGCUAGUAGGGUUUGAUGUGGACAUUGAUGAUUCACUCCAUGAUAAAUAUAAAAAGCUUCAAUGUGAAAUGGUCCCACUUCCUCAUGAUAGUGAAGAUUAUCAGUUAGUUGAGAAGUAUCUCCAAACUACACAUGCCCCUACACAAACAGAUUGGGCACUUGAACUGGAAGAAGUUUUUACAGUUGAAAUACAAGGAGAGUUUGAUAAGUUUGUUCCAUAUAAAAAUAAAUUCAAGAACAAGAUACUCCUUCGGCAGAUGAGUAGUGCUGCAGGUAAGGCUCCUGCACCAGUUUUACCAAAAGGGAAUCAGGGUAACGGAUGUUUGCCCUGGGCCAAUAGAGACAUCAAAUGCACCUGCUACAAGCACAACAUCCAAGGAGAUGUUCCAAAUGCCGAAAGUCUGGCUGCUGCUCUUGUAAGGAAGGUAGAUCCGACUUUGGACAUGGAGGCUGAUGAAGGAGACAAUUACACACAUAUUCAAGUAAGAAACAGAGUUGGAUGA